AUGGUAGACACUGGUGCACAGAAUUCGGUUCUGUUGGAGCCAAGAGGGCCAAUGUCCUCCAGAACUACAUGGGUACAGGGGACCACUGGAACAAAACCUUACUCUUGGACUACCCGAAGAACAGUGGAUCUAGGAAAAGGUCGGGUAUCCCACUUGUUUCUAGUAAUCCCAGAAUGCCCCUACCCACUUCGCUUAUUGUCAAAAAUGAGAGCACAAAUCCACUUCACAGCUAAAGAAGCCACCCUGCUUGAUGAUGGAGCACUGAUUCAGGUCCUAGUCACCAAUGACCUAACCGAAGAAUAUAGACUACAUCAAGAGCCGAUUCAACCCAAUCCUGAGAUAGCCAAGUGGCUCCAAAGAUUUCCCCAAGCUUGGGCAGAAACAGGGGGUAUGGGACUGGCGGGACACAGGCCCCCCAUAUAUGUUGAACUCAAAGUGGGAGCGGACCCUGUUAAAGUGCGCCAGUCUCCUAUGCCCCUAGAGGCAAAGCGUGGAAUUACUCCACACAUUAAAAGUUUGGUGGAGCUAGGAAUACUGAGACUGAUCCAGUCGGCCUGGAACACCCCACUCCUGCCUGUCAAAAAGCCCCAAACCGGGGACUAUAGACCAGUACAAGAUUUAAGAGAGGUAAAUAAAAGAGUCAUUGACAUUCACCCCACUGUCCCCAAUCCUUAUAUGUUGCUCAGUACCUUGCCACCAGAUCGGCAAUGGUAUACAGUUCUGGAUCUCAAAGAUACCUUUCUCAGCCUGCCACUAGCACCCAGUAGUCAGCCCUACUUCGCCUUCGAAUGGCAUGAUCCGGAGGCAGGAAUCAAUGGCCAGCUGACUUGGACGCGAUUGCCUCAAGGAUUUAAGAACUCUCCAACUAUAUUUGAUGAGGCUUUACAUGAAGAUCUGGGUGAGUACAGAGCCCAACACCCCAACAUAAGUCUGUUACAAUAUGUAGAUGACUUAUUGGUUGCGGUGCCAGACCAGAAGUCCUGCCUAAAAGACCCAGAUCUCAGAGACCGACUUCUCGACUGUACUGAGAUUCUGGCACAAGUGCACUGCAUCUGGCCGGACUUGAAGGAUGUCCCCUUACCUGAUGCCGAAGAAACCUGGUAUACAGACGGAAGCAGCUUUGUCAGAAAUAGUAAAAGGCAUGCUGGGGGAGCGGUCACAACUACCUCGAGCGCCAUUUGGGCUGAGCCUCUGCCAACAGGUUCAAGUCCGGCGACUGGGUCUUCAUCCACAGACACCAACGGAAAAACCUUGAGCCGCGAUAGAAGGGCCCCUUCAUGA